AUGGCAUUCAAGGUCCUUUGUGUGGCACUCCUGGCACUCCUUGCCAGCGUACAGGCAAAGCCCGGCGGUCCGGCCGCCUACUCCAUUAGCGCACCGAGCGUCGACCACGCCUCCGUUGGCAGCACGCAGGAGCACACGGUCAAGGGUCAUUAUGGUCAGUCGUCGCAGUCGGACUACGCCUCCCAGGUCCAGACCGCCCACUCGCAGUCGCAUGUCCAGCGCUCCAGCAUCAGCAACGAUGCCGGACUGGCGCCCGUUGCCGCCCAUGGCUAUGCAGCAGCACCUGCCCAUGCUAUUGCUGCUCCGGCGUACUCCGUGGGCCUGGGACUGGGCCAUACGGCUCCCGCCCAGAUCCAGGGUCUGGCCUACGCCAGCCACGCCCCCGCCCAAAUCCAGGGACUCGCCUACGGCGGACACUACGCAGCCACGGCUCCGGCUCUGCAGCUCUCCGGCCUGGGACUCGGACACGCCCUGGGCGGCUACGGGGGCUAUGGCUACGGGGGCUAUAGCGCCUAUGCCGCAGCGCCCUCUAUCUCGCACGGCUAUAUCGCUGGCCAUGCCCCCAUCGCCGCCGCCGCCCCGGCUCCAGUGUUGAAAUACGCCGCUGCUGCCCCAGCUUACGCUCCUGGAAUCAUUGGACACGGCAUCGGACUAGCUGCCCCCGCCUAUGCUGCUCCCGCCUACACUACGCAUCUGGCCGCCCCCGUCGUGAAGGCCGCUGUCGCCGCUCCCGCUCUGGUACAUACAUCGGUAUCCGGCCAUGGCAUUCACUAUGGCUACUAAGCAAAAAGUGGAGUACGCCAUACGCGACGCCAUUCCAUCUCUUUCCAUCAUCCCGUUAUACCCAACGCCCAAACGCCCA